UUGAAAUAAUAAUCUUUCAUUUUGUUCAAAGAAACACUAUAUUCAUUUUAGUAAAGCAAUAAUAAUUAAUAUUAGUUUAUAAUAUAAGAAGAUGAUUAAAUUAGUACUGUAUAUUACUAGUAUCCUGUUCAGUUUAAUUGCUCAAUCACUAGCCAAUGGAUGUUUCUGUUUUGCACGCAAAAGAGAAAUUUAUCACGAGAUUGAUCCAAUUUAUAACCUAAAUGAUACAAUAAAAGAGGAUGCUGCAGAAAUAUCUAAUGAGGAUGCUGCAGAUAUAUCUAAUGAUAAUAUAGUAAAUAAUUCAGAAGAUAAUCCAGAAAAUAAUUCAGAAGAUUUGUCAUGUCAUAUUUGCCAACAAGAGACAAACUCAGUUACCUUAUCCCCCUGUGGUCACAAUAUAGGAAACUAUUGCGCAAAUAAAUUCUAUAGAGUUAUAUGGAAUUGUCCUUUUUGUAAUAAAAAGAUAGACGAUUUUAAAAACAUUGUUGAUUUGAAUGAUUGUGAAUUUGAUAAACGAACCAUAUACCGAUUUCGUGCCCUUACUGAAAUAGAGUUUGGUCGUUUAAAGGAUAGUAUAGAGAAUGGUAUGACUGACGAAGAAUUUAUGGCACGUUUUUGGUAUCUUCGACGUUGCCAAGAACCUGAUAAACUACUGCUGGAAACCAUUAAAGAUUGUAUUAUAACUAAAGAAGAUCGUAAGAAUAUUGCAGAACUUAAGGCUGAGAUUUUGUCUUCAAAGUCUUCCAUAACUUCAGAACUAGAAAUGUAUCAAAAAACAUUUAAACAAGAGAUAACUCGAUUUGAAACAACAACAAUGUAUACAUUUUUUGUUCGAUUAAAUAUUUUUGAUGUAAACUUCGAAUUUCUGAUACGAAAGAUGUAUUUGAAUUGCUCAUAACGUAAUUAUUUAUUGAUUUAUCAAAAUAGUUUUUAUAAAAAAAUACUGUCUAUAAACACUAUGAAUUUUAUACCUAU